GGGACUGGGAGGGUUAUAAGUGGUUACUGGUUUAUACUGGGAGGGACUGGGGGUUAUAAAGGGUUUCUGGUUUAUACUGGUUUGUACUGGGAGGGACUGGGGGGGUUAUAAGAGUUACUGGUUUAUACUGGGAGGGACUGGGAGCGACUGGGAGGGGUUACAAACUGCAUUUGGGGUUACUGGUUUAUACUGGUUUAUACUGGGAACGGGUUUGGAAGGCACUGGGGGUUGCUGGGAUGGAGCUGGGCGGCCCAUACUGGUUUAUACUGGUUUAUACUGGUCCGUACUGGUUUGUACUGGUCCGUACUGGUGCAGACGCGCUGCUGAUGACAGUGAUGGGGUCCCUGGGGCCUAACUGGUUUAUACUGGGACAUACUGGGAACAGGUUUGGAAGGCACUGGGGGUUACUGGGGUGGAGCUGGGCGGCCCAUACUGGUCCGUACUGGUUUAUACUGGUUUAUAUUGGUCCAUACUGGUGCGUACUGGUGCAGACGCGCCGCUGGUGACAGUCACAGCCUAACUGGGAUGUACUGGUUUGUACUGGUUUAUACUGGGAACGGGUUUGGAAGGCACUGGGGGUUACUGGGAUGGAGCUGGGCGGCCCAUACUGGUCCAUACUGGUCUGUACUGGUCCGUACUGGUGUGUACUGGUGUGUACUGGUGCAGACGCGCCGGUGGUGAGCGCGGGCCCGUCGCCCGUGCUGGUUCCGGAAGGUUCCGAGGCCGUGCUGGGGCUGUCGGUGCGCGCCCAUCCCCCACCCGAGCGCUGCGCCUGGAGCCUGCGGGGGAGGGGCAUCAGCCCCGAGGGGUCCCCGCGGUUCCGGCAGUCGCCAGGGGGCGCUCUCGUCAUCGCCAACGUCACCCGCGCCGACAGCGCCCCCUACCGGGUGUGGUGCCACAACGCCGAGGGCGGGGCCGGCGCUGACGUCACGCUGCUGGUCCAGGUGCCCCCCCGCAUCGUCCGCGCCCCCGACCCGGUGGUGGUGGACGAGGGGGGGGAGGGGCAGCUGCUGUGCGAGGCCCAGGGCAGCCCCCUCCCCCCGGGCAGCGUGCGCUGGCUCGCCUGGGCAGCCCCCUCCCCCGGGCAGCGUGCGCUGGGCUCGCCUGGGCGAGGCGGGCUCGCGGGCUGGCGCUGCCGCCGGGGCUGGAGCCGCUGCCGGGGGGUGCCGGGGGCGCCUGCGGGUCUCGGGGGCGCGCGGGAGCUGGGGGGGCCCUACGAGUGCCGCGUGGACUCGGGGGUGCCGCCCCCCGCCCGCGCCGUCGUGCGCCUGCUCGUCACCUACGGCCCCGAGAUGGAGGCGGAGCCAGAGGAGGGGGCGGAGCGGGGGUGGUGCUGGUGCCCGAGGGGGCGGAGUCAGCGACGCUGCGGUGCCGAGCGCGGGGCGUGCCGGGGGUGGAGCUGAGCUGGGAGAGGAACGGGAGGAGCCUGAGCCCCGGGGA